AACGUUCAAUAAAUGCCCUUCGAAUUCUCAUGUAUCUGUAUAGUAAUACCGUGCGUCUUGAUGUGCAACCGAAAUUUCGAUCAGACUUGGAGCCCGCAUUUGGAGAUUGCUUGAAAAAAAUAGAGCACUACUUCCUAUCGCAACUAUUUUCCGUAAUUGUGAACCUUAUACAACAAGGUGUAGCGAUAACUGAUGCGUUAGAUCAAUUAUUCAUUAUCCGUUGGUGCGAUUGGAUAAUCUUAUAUUUUCGGGAGGACAAUAGUUUGCUUAAAUUAGCAAAAUUCUGUUAUGAAUAUCUGAGUUCUUUACAAGGCACCUCAGGCAUAUAUGACAAUCUGGAAGACGAAAAUGCAUUAACCUUCCAGGCCUCG